AUGGGUCGUUUCUUAAUUUAUUUCUCCUACUUUGGCACACGAUACAGCGGUGUCCAGGAGCAAAGAGGGCUAGCUGUGAAAACUGUGGGUGGAGCGUUAAUGACUGCACUAAAACACCUGCAGCCAUCAAAUGAAAUCAAGCUGACACUGUCCAGUCGCACAGACAAAGGAGUCCAUGCUUUAGCAAAUGCUUGCCAUGUUGAUUUAGUCUAUCCAUUUGACGGCAAGGAGUAUAAUCCCUCAGUGAUCACUAGCCUAUUGAACUACUAUCUUAUGAACCAGCAGGAGGAGAUCAGAAUUUUACAAACAAAACAAGUACCAGAAACCUUCAACUGCAGACACAGUGCCACUGGCAGGAAGUAUGUCUACAGGCUGGGCCAUAUUCUGGGUUCAGGGUUCAAGUCUGCUUUAGGGAGUCAAACUGAUGGCAGUGAGGCAUUGUUGGAGGAGUUGCAGAACUUUACUCAUAGCAAAUUCCCAAAGAGAAAACGUCCUUUGGGAGAGGCACUGGAUGCUUUCAAUGCUAGCAAGGCUGUCAUCUACAGGACUGAGUUGGACAUCAGGAAGCUGGUGGCAGCUGCAGAGAUGCUCUCAGGAAUCCACAACUACCUGUGUUUCACCUGUCACCGCAAGGAGGAUGACGACAACUUGCCACAUCCUGUGAAGAUGUUGACCAUCGGGGUCAAGCGGGGUCAGCCAUUGGGGCAUCGUUUUCAGAAGUAUUCUUCAUGUUUGGAUAAUAACAUUGAGUUUUGGGACAUCCAUGUUCAGUCCAAGUCUUUUAUGUACAAACAGGUGCGCAGACUUGUAGGGGCAAUGGUGUUGGUGGCCAAGAAUGCCAUCAGUCUGAGUGAUCUGCAAGACAUCUUGGAGAAUCCCAGGAAAGAGUUUCCCUUCGCUGGUCAGAUGUCAGCCAGAGAGGACGGCCUCUUCCUUCUGGACGUGGAUUACUCAUCCAAUGAUCUGGAGAUUUCUGGUUCGGUUCAAACAGAUAGUGUGUCAGAGCAGCCAGAACUGUCACAUGAUGAUGAUGAUGUUUCUGUUUCCUGUGGAGGGAGUCACCAUGGAGAUGGGGUAACUACAACCAGGCCUGGUGGUGGAGCCGCUGAUAGUGAGCAGAUUGCUGGGAAUCAUGUCAUGAACUGUCUCUCGGCCACACAGACAGACUCGACCAUGGCCAGCUCAUCACCAAACUCACAGGAGGUCUCACUUUCUGGCUGA